UCAUGAUAAAGAAAGGCGGAAAAACAUUUUGGGAAAACAUCAACAAAACCACCCCUUUUGAUAAAACUUAUACGUGUAUGGGUUGUGCAGUGCAUUCAUCUGUCAACAAAUAGCUGGUGUUAUGCGAGAUGUACCGUCAGUCUUGUAUCAUGACUAGUUAACUUAAGGUCGGGUUAUUGUGUGAUGUUGAAGAAAAGUUGUUAGUUUUACUAUUCUUGUGCCAUCUUUAUAGUGGAGAAGAACCAACGAAUGUAUCUUUUCGAUUAGUUUUUUAUUCGAUGCACAGGGUUAGAAGUUGUCCAGAAUGUGAAAUAUUAAUUGGUGAUGAAAAGAGAUUACUACUAGUGCCCGAUGGAGCGUUAUGAAACGGUGAACAGAUGUAAUCAUUUCGUCCUAGUUUUAAAAAUCAAUAUGCUAUGGAGAUAUCGGUUCGCUGUUUGUAUUCAUUGUUAAAUGUGUAUUCUAAUGAUUUUCUUCGAGGGCAGUAUUAGAAAAUGACAGUGAAAAACUGCUGUAAAAUCAAAUCUUUUUCAAGGACAUUUGAGUGGUUUGGCUCGGUGGAUGGAAAAGGUCGAGCGAAAUUUACCUCGUGAUGUCCGGAAAUUAGCGCAGUCGUUAACACAUGUACAAACAGGAGUGUAAGAAACAACACAAAUGAAGCAAUAACGAUAACUGGGGCGUGAGACUAAAUGCAAUUGUGGCCUGUUUUGCUUCAAGAAUUACUGUAAAUCAGAAGCAUUAAUCAUCAUUCCUCGCUACGCAGUUCACCCUGGGUUGCAACCGUAUUUUCACGCUUCAGAAUCUGCCCAAUGUCGAGUAGAUUCCAACAGAAGACGGUGCCAAAGCGGCCCGCCACAGCGAAACCAACCUCAAGCAAUCACCAAUCCAAACGAAAUCUACCAAAGAUUAGGAGCAGCUUCAUUCGGAGUGCGUGAUUUGCCCUUUCGCGAUUGUUUUCGCGCUAACAUUGGAGUCGAAAGUUUUACAUUAAUUUUAAGUUUCCCACGUCUGGGUGCCUGAAUCUAUAAGUGUUAUUGAAAUGGAGGACAGAGAUACAACCUUCUCUCCGAAGCUAAGAACAAAGGUUCCGAAGGUGGGAUGCUUACGGAUGAUUACAGAUCGCAUUCCGGCUAGGUUGGUGCUAUACUUUUUGUCUUGGUCCGGCUUUCUCGUGUCAUUCAUGAUGCGUAACGACAUUAAUUUUGCCCUUGUGGCUAUGGUUCGAGACAAUAACCCAAACUCAUCCUCCAACGAUAACUGUGUGUCCUCUUCGGCAGCAUACAUUCCAACAAUGAACGGAGUUGACACUAACUAUACGAUGCUACUGAACAACACGGAUGAAGCCGAUCUACACGGAACGGAAACGAGAGAAUAUUAUGGUGAUUUCGAUUGGGACUCGACGGUACAAUCGGUUAUCAAAGGAUCGUUCUACUGGUGCUAUGUGCUGUCCCAGGUUGUUGGUGGUGUGGCCACUCAGUAUUUUGGAACGAAGAGUGUAUUUGGCUGGAGCCAGUUUUUCACGGCCGCCAGCAGUCUAUGCAUUCCGUAUGCCGCGGAUAUACACUAUGGUGCCGUUAUUAUGCUCCGAUCGGUUCAAGGUUUCGCGAGUGGAUUAACUUGGCCCGCUAUGUAUGCCAUCGUUGGCUAUUGGAUUCCACCGGUGGAACGCAGUCGAUUUAUGUCCAGUUUUCAAGGAUUCAGUAUUGGGAUUGGUUUGACCUAUCCGCUCUGUGGCUUUAUCAUUGCUUAUUUCGGUUGGAGGCUGGUAUUCUACACCACGGGAACAAUCGGCAUGAUUUGGUGUGUGUUUUGGUAUCUAUUGGCGUAUAAUACACCACAGGAACAUCCACGCAUCACUUCAGAGGAAUUGGAGUACAUCGAGCUGAAUGUCAGCGAGGACAUCAAGAACGGACAAGGCAUGAAAGUACCAUGGAAAAAGAUUUUCACCUCGGUACCGGUGUGGGCGAUUGGGCUGACUACCUUUGGUCGCAUCUGGGUCCACUAUACCUUCAUUAUGUCCGGUCCGGAGUUCAUGCAGAAAAUCCUCUGCUUCGACAUCAAGGAGAAUGGUCUGCUAAGCGGGACGCCUUUCCUCUGUUCCUACCUGUCCUCGGUGCUAUUCUGUUACAUCGCGGAUAUUUUGAUGGACAAGAAAAUGAUGACAUUGACAAACGUGAGGAAACUUUUCACCGCUCUCUCGCAAAUUGUUCCGGGUGUCCUUGUACUACUUGUUGGUUACCUAGGAUCUAACCUAAUCGCAGUGCUUGUCCUGUGGUUUGUGGCAGUUACCUUUAUUACGGCAUCGUAUGCGGGUGCAAUGGCGAAUAUAGUGGACAUUGCACCAAAUUUAGCCGGACCGGUGCUGGCAUUUGCACAGACGAUUCACAUGACGGCAUCCUUUCUACAGCCACUCGCUAGCGGAAUCAUGGUGACCGAUGCGCAAAACAUUAACCAGUGGCAGCAUGUGUUCGGUGUGAGUUCCGUUGUGGCCAUCAGUUCCUACUUGAUAUUUCAGCUGUUCGGUACGGCCGAGAUUCAGUCCUGGAAUUAUCCUAUACCGGACGCAGAGAUCAUAUCGACGGACGAUUCAGCAGUUAUCGCGAAUCAGCCCAUGCUGAAGGUAAUUGGCAGCAGUGGUGGUGGUGGCGGCCGUGGGUAUAGAUACCAUGACGACGACGAUAACGACGGUAACAGUAGCAGCAGUGACAACUAGUGUGUAUGUUCCCAUUCGGGGAGUCUAGUACUUGGUAUUGUUUUAUUAGGGUAAGAUUGUAAUGUAAUGAGCAAACUUGAAUCGAUUCCAAAAUAGUGUGAGUUGUUAGAGGCGAAUGAACUGCAAAGUUUAAAGCCUCUUAAAAACAAACAAAGAAAGAAAGAAAGUGUGAGUUGGGAGAAAGUGCACAAUGCAGUUAUAAUUUAUGUACAUUUUUAGUAUACUAUAAUAUAAGGAAUACAAACAUGGUGCACUCUAAAUCUAAGAAUGAAAUGUAUUAAUAGUUGAUUGUAACAUUUUUAUGCAUAACCACUCGAAAGAAUUCAAUAUGAUAUCUUGAAAGCAACUAAGGGAUAUGUGAUGUAUACAUAAUUCUAUAGAAAGAUUCAGUGAUACACAAUAAUAAAGGUAGAAUAAUGACACUAAAAUAUAUAGUUGAUUACGGAUAGUUGUUGUUUAGGCACGUUGCAAACAAGAUCUCAUCCUAUGGGAAAUUUAUUAGUAUACAGUGGUCUAUAUUAUUACUGUAUUACUGUAUUCUUUAUUUUGUACAAUUAUCUUGUCUUUUUCACAGAAGAGCGGAAUCUCAAUAAAAUGAUUGAUGCUAAGACAAGAUUAUUACUGAACUGUUCAAU